AUGACUGAAGUGAGCAGCGUGAGUUCUGCUGAGAAGGAUAAUCCUGAAAAGUCUUCGGUGAUUCCUGAGCUGACCUAUGCUCUGUUGUCGCCCAACGAGAGCUACAACAGUGAGUUGGCUUUGAGUGAGCGCGAGCAGAAAUGGAGAUUCACCCUUUCGGACCUUCAAUGUGCAACCAAGGUAGUUAGUAGACUAUUCCGUGAUCCGUCUCUUUUCAUUGGGGAUCCAUACCUCGCUGAUAGCCGCUUGUACGUCAUGAUAACUCGCGAUCGCAAAACAAAACGUGAAAAUCGAGAAGUCUACAAGACCAUUAUGAAUGAAGAGAAAAACCGAAGAAAGAAAUAUGAGCGGAUGAGAGAUGCCGAGGCGAUCGGUCGCACUGGCAUGAAGCGCGAACGAAUUGAAGCAUUGAACGUCCUUACACUCAAAGAUGUUGAUAGUGACUCUUCACCACUUUUGUUAUGCGGGGAUCAAUGCCCACAGGGUAGCUCUGCACAAUCCGUAGGGCCCGAGGAUGUUACGUUAAACGAUCCAACGAAAAUCAACGAGCCUUGUAAUGAAAAAGUGAACCAAACGGAUGACAAAGAAUUAACUACGACUGAGAUCGAUCUCCUUCGUCUCAUUGGGGCCUUUGAGAACUUGCUUCGUCUCGAGCAGGUUCUGCGCUCUGAGCCCAUCGGCCCCACCUCGACAUCGCCAAGCUCUCCACCAAAUGCCUCUACGGGAUCAUCGCCAUUGAACGAAACCGCGGCUCGCUCAAAGGUCGAAUCACCCGAUGGCGCUCUGCCCACCUUCACAAAGGUGAAUGGCCCCUGCCCUCGGUGCGAGAACACUCAAUGCCAGUGCUGUGACCCUUUUCUGUCGCCUUCUGGGGCUGGGGAGGUGGCCAUGGUGGUAUGCCCGCCAAGGGCCUCCACGCCGGUGGGCCCCGAGGCCGUUGAUUACGUCGCGGCCACGCAGCUCACGGCCCAGGUCUAUCGCUACCUUCCCCAUGGCUUUGGCUCCCAAAUGCCCCCUGCGCUCUUUCCGGGCCUCAUGCCACGCGCCCUGUCCCCCAAGGCACAAUGCCGUUACAUCAGCGGGUUUAAGCUCGCCCUAGCACGUAGGCUCCUCGCACCGGGUGGGCCGCAAAGCCCUGGCGGCGACCUCGAGCUAUCCGACCUUACGUCUUUCUCCAGCGGUGAGCCGUCGGAGUUGGUUCGAUUCCUCCAUCGUGUUGGUAAUCGCGACCUCAUUCUGCACCGCUUGUCGGUGCCGGUGCUUUUAAAUCAGGUGGAAUUUCUGCGAGACUUGGUCGGUGGUCGAAAGAGCGUCCAGUGCGGUCUUGAGGGGACUUCAUUGCAGGCCAAUUUCAGCGUCUGCGCUGACCCACAGUCUCUCUUGGAUGCCAUCGAGUUGGCCCUGACUGAAGAAGGUAGGGGGGAGAAGAUGGGCCAAUCCCUAUCAACGUCGUCUGUGAAUCUUCCACUCUCUACUCCUGAGUUUUUUUCUGAGCAAACCUUGAAUCUUUUUAUUGCUCGACGUCUGUACGACAACGAAAGUCUUAUGAGAUUCGGUAGUUCGCCGAUUGUAAUUGAACGGAGUGCACCCAUUUCAGAAUCUGAAGAGUUGGAUGGCUGGAGUAUCUUUGACGAGGUCCAGCAGUAUGCCUGUACGCGACACGACAACCUCAAGUUUAGUCGCUGGAGAAGCUGCAGUACGUGCAGAGUUCGUUAUAAUGAUCUCCACCCAUAUUACUAUAGUAUGUGCCAUCUUUGUGGGGAAUUUAACUACAACAAGCGGCUCCUAUCACGGGAUCUACGCGGCAAGACCGUGCUCCUAACUGGGUGUCGUAUUAAAAUUGGCUAUGCCAUGACUCUUUCUUUGUUGCGAUGUGGUGCUGUUGUCUUGGGGACGACGCGCUUUGUGCACGAAGCCGUCGCGCGGUUCCAACAGGAGGCUGAUUAUGAGGAAUGGAAAGAUCGACUCAUCCUGUUUUCGUUGGAUUUGCGUGAUCUGUGGGUCGUGACUCAGUUUUGUAGCUUUAUCCGGCAACGCUAUCCUAAGCUGUUUGCAAUCAUCAAUAAUGCAGCUCAGACCAUUGCACGAACGCCGGAGUACACCGCUCAUCUCCGUCAGAUCGAGGCGAACCCCUCGCCUGACCUACGACGUGUGAUUGAGGCUGAUCGUUAUUCCUUGGAGUGGUUUUCCUUUUUCUGUGCUCACUCCUCUGUUAUGGUAGGACAGCCACUGACGAUUGAGCAUCAUCCCCAUAAUCAUCCUUAUUUAUCCCUGACAACUUCAUGUGAAGAGAAGGGUCAAACAGUCAGCCUUACGGAUUCUUCCGCUAAGAUAAGUGAAUCUUCAAGGAUAGACUUGCAAAAUAAUCAUUCGCUUAUUACUGAGCAAGCCGUUCCUGCGAACGUUGUAUCUGACCGUACCCUUAUUUUUGACCGUUACGAUACACAGGCUGAGCAAAGUGAUUACCGUGAGACUAAUUCGUGGGUCAUGAAGCUUGGAGAAGUUCAGGGAAGUGAGGCCGCUGAGGUGAUGACUAUCAAUGCAUUGUCACCCUUUAUUCUUAACAGUAAGCUAAAACCCUGUUUGAUGAAUUGCGAGGUUGAGGAAGGGACCUCCUAUGUGCGUUCCGAACCCCGUUUUAUCAUCAAUGUCUCAGCAAUGGAGGGCCAGUUCUACCGCUUCAAACAAACAACACACCCGCAUACAAACAUGGCCAAGGCGGCAUUGAACAUGAUGACCCGCACUAGUGCCGAGGACUACGCUAAGGAUGGAAUUUACAUGAACUCUGUAGAUACAGGAUGGAUAACUGAUGAGUCUCCCAAAAUUCAACGGGAGCGUCGCUCUGAUACCUUUGCUUUGUGCCCACUGGACGAAGUAGAUGCUGCAGCUCGCUGCCUUGAUCUUAUAUAUAUCAAUAGCACUGCAUACGGGGCUUUUUUUAAAGACUAUCACGAAAUUCCCUGGUAA